UCUAUGCAGUCUAUGGUGUUCCACUUUGGAGCAGAUGCCAAGAUCCUCUUUGUGGGAUGGAAUAUUACAAGCACUGGAGGAAUGGUUGGCAGCUGUGUAGCAGUGAUUGCGCUUUCUCUUCUUUACGAACUGUCGAAGACGUUUAAAGAGCUUUUGUUGCGACGACAUUUGCAGAGCGGGGCAGGUCGAUACAGCCUUUCACGACCUACUAAUUAUAGCUCCAAUGAUGCAGAGGCUGGUACAAUCAGCGAAAGAUCUCAAUUGUUUAGCAAAUGGAAUAAGAAACAAGCAACUCUAAGUUGGCUAGCACAUUUGCUUCAAACGUUGCUAUAUUUUAUUAAUAUUACUCUUGGAUACUCUCUGAUGAUGGUUUUCAUGACUUUGAAUGUCUGGUUAUGCCUUUCCUUGCUUUUUGGAUUGACAUUGGGUUAUCUAGUAUUUGCAAAAGGUAGACAAUCAUCGGAGUCGAACACAGAAGAUUGUCAUUGACCGGUCUAUUUUUAUUUAUUCAAACAGUCAUUUUAGUGUUUAUGAGUGUUGCUGUUGAUAUCAUGUUUAGCUGGUAAAAUAUUAUCUAUAUAUACAAAA